AUGAUGAGCAUUCCUGACCAACAGGUUCCUGUUACAGCGGAUUUAUCAAGAAUGACUAAUGAAGGAUUCCCCAGGUUGACAGAGCCAGUACAUACUGCAUUAAAUACUAACUACUGCUCAGCAUAUCCAGUCAAUCAACCACCAUCAGACAAGAGCCAUCAUGGUUCAAUAUAUCCGGCAACUGAAUUCAGACAAGAACAUUGGCUUCAAGAUGGAAGUAGUUGUGAAACAGAAGAUAGUGAGCAGUACGUGCCCGAAUUUCCACACAUACCAGGAGUCAAGCAAGAAGCCAAUUGCCGGAGAAAUAGUGACGAAUAUCACCCUCAAUAUCCUGGUGCAGGACAAAACUAUCUGGAUUUGAGUCCAGCAGCCCCAGCAAAUUGUUUUGGAACAAAUAGUAAAUUGAGCCCAAGGAGCAACGAACCGACGGAGAGUAUUGCAGUAAAAGAAGAGCCGACGGAUCGUGGCUACACUGAACCAACGACAGUUACCAAUCUCUCAUCACCAACAUCACAAGAAGCAUCCUCUGCGAGGAGUUUGAUUUACCAAAGGCAGCAGCAGUACACAAGCAAUAUAUUGAACCCCCGAGAACGCAGGGACUCACCGACGUCGAGUAGACCAGCGAGUGCGUCAUCAGUGACUUCCCAGUGGCCUCAGGUCCAGACGAAUGCAUCAGCCUCUGGAGAGUCAAAUUUCCUGGCACGCCAGGAGUCCUGGUCAACGGACUACACCAAGAGGAGCACAACUCCCACCUGGACGGAAUUGGGAGGCCAGCCGGAUGCCAGGACUCCCUCCUGGGAGCGCCCGGGCUCUUGCUAUCAGAAGAGAAGCUCCCCAACCAACUCCUGGAACGCAGAAUACAUCAAGAGGCCACCGUCUACUACUGGAAUCACUUCCUGGACUGACGUUGCUGUUGGUUACCAGCAACAACGGCGGGGGUCCUUACAACUCUGGCAAUUCCUCGUAGCGCUUUUGGAUGACCCAGCUAAUGCUCCAUGCAUCGCCUGGACUGGACGAGGAAUGGAAUUUAAAUUGAUUGAGCCGGAAGAGGUGGCUCGACGAUGGGGGGUCCAGAAAAAUAGACCAGCGAUGAAUUACGACAAACUCAGUCGAUCCCUCCGUUACUACUACGAGAAAGGUAUAAUGCAGAAGGUCGCUGGUGAGAGAUACGUCUACAAAUUCGUGUGUGAUCCGGAGGCUCUCUUCAACAUGGCCUAUGGAACUGGAGCUUCCUCUUUAUCAGGUGACAGCCAGGGAAAUGUCAUGAGAGGACACCCGGUGGUUAGUAAAUCCUCAAACAUCUCUAAUGAAGUUAAUGAGUCCAAGCAUCCCAGUGGCUAUGGAGAUGCUGUACUCGCCAUGUACUCCAAUACAGCAGCAGUGUAUGGCCCAUCGAGUUUACACCACCUCCACCAGUACUUGGGUACAAACGAGGGUUUCAAGACCCCCUCAAGUCGUUAUCACCCUCACCCCACCCACCAAUAUCCGAGCAAUCCCUCACACCAUCAUUAUCACCCCCCGACGUCACCAUAUCCGGAUCCAUUUCUGAACUACAGUCGUCUGACCACUCAUGAGCUACCCCUGGACAUCAGAACGCAGGACACGGUGCGAUCGGGUUACGCCCACGAGGAGACUUCAACGAGGGCAAAGGAAUCGUCCGGUCUAGUGUCAUUCGAGUCGGCGCAACGCAACCAAUUACCCAUUACAACCGCAAAUACGCAGGCCACAACAAUUUUGGAAUCAACCGCUGGAUCAAAAAUUGAACCGGCCUCCUACACUUGUCUGGGAGUCGACAGUUGCGUCUGUUAGAUUGUGAAGGGAAGUAAAAAAAAAAUCAUUCGAUUCUAUUAAUAAAUCAGCGAAUGAGUGAAUUCAUUCGAUGAAUAAAUGAAUUUAUUCCAUGAAACUGUCUGGAAUCGUUAUGGUAUUUUUUAUUUAGAGGACUUAUUGUACAUAGUGGAAUUUAUUUUCUAGUCAUUGAGCUGUGGUAUAAUUAAUCAUAAUUAGAAUUAUUUAUUGAUGAUGAUAGACUAAGAACAAGUGUAAAUAAAAGAUUCAUGAGCUCAAUUAUCAAUAGUUAAUUAUUCGAUUGAUUUUCUCACUACUGGACGAGUGAAUUAAAGAAUAUGAAUAUCAGAUCAUCGAUCGAAUCGUAAUUAAUCUCUGACAUUGGGAAAACUGCUAGGAAAAUGAUUUUGACUUUGAUUGACGGAAAAAAAUUGAUUGAAUCAAAAUAAAUUAAUGCUUACCACUAAAAUUCAGUAAAAAAUAUAUUAUUCUAGAAGAUAUUCCCCAGAAGUUAAUAACACUGGAAUCAUUCGAUAUUCCAAUGGAUUUGGUAUUUUCUCACGGUCAACAGAUGUUCCGGAGAAUCUUGUAUUCAUAUGACGCAAUCACCUUC